CGCCAAUCCAUGAAAAUGCUUUGGAAACUGACGGAUAAUAUCAAGUAUGAGGAAUGUGAGGAGCGCCACGACAGUACCAGCAACGGGACAGCCCGGCUACCCCAGUUGGGGACCGUGGGUCAGUCUCCCUACACCAGCGCCCCGCCGCUCUCCCACACCCCCAACGCCGACUUCCAGCCCCCCUACUUCCCCCCCCCUUACCAGCCCAUCUACCCCCAGUCUCAGGACCCCUACUCCCACGUGAACGACCCCUACAGCCUCAACCCCCUCCAUGCCCAGCCGCAGCCCCAGCACCCAGGAUGGCCUGGACAGAGGCAGAGCCAGGAGACAGGGCUGCUCCACACGCACCGGGGUUUGCCCCACCAGCUCUCGGGGCUCGACCCACGCAGGGACUACCGGCGGCACGACGACCUGCUGCACGCCCCGCACGGGCUGGGCUCGGGGCUCGCCGACCUGCCCCUCCACUCCAUCCCCCACGCCAUCGAGGACGUACCGCACGUAGAAGACCCCGGUAUUAACAUCCCAGAUCAAACUGUAAUUAAGAAAGGCCCCGUGUCCCUCUCCAAGUCUAACAACAACGCCGUCUCCUCCAUCCCCAUCAACAAGGACACGCUCUUCGGCGGGGUGGUGAACCCCAACGAGGUCUUCUGCUCGGUGCCGGGCCGCCUCUCGCUGCUCAGCUCCACCUCCAAGUACAAGGUCACGGUGGCGGAAGUGCAGAGACGCCUCUCGCCGCCCGAGUGCCUCAACGCCUCCCUGCUAGGCGGAGUGCUCCGGAGGGCGAAGUCUAAAAAUGGAGGGAGAUCUCUGAGGGAGAAAUUGGACAAAAUAGGAUUAAACCUGCCAGCUGGGAGGCGUAAAGCUGCUAAUGUUACCUUGCUCACAUCGCUCGUGGAGGGAGAAGCAGUACAUCUAGCUAGAGAUUUUGGGUACGUUUGUGAGACAGAAUUUCCUGCCAAAGCAGUAGCUGAAUUUCUCAACCGACAACAUUCCGAUCCAAACGAGCAAGUCACAAGAAAAAACAUGCUUCUAGCUACAAAACAGAUCUGUAAAGAGUUCACCGACCUGCUGGCUCAGGACCGAUCUCCCCUGGGGAACUCGCGGCCCAACCCCAUUUUGGAGCCGGGCAUCCAAAGCUGCCUGACCCACUUCAACCUCAUCUCGCACGGCUUCGGGAGCCCGGCAGUGUGCGCUGCUGUCACUGCCCUGCAGAACUAUCUCACCGAAGCGCUCAAGGCCAUGGACAAAAUGUACCUCAGCAACAAUCCCAACAGCCACACAGACAACAGCACCAAAAGUGGGGACAAAGAGGAGAAGCACCGAAAGUGAGGAUUCCCCCCCCUACGCUCCUCUCCCUUCCCCCUCAUAGCCCAUCGAUCCAUUCAUCUCCCUCCUCCCUCUCCCCUGCACCCAGCACCCCAGGCUACAGCAACAGAAUGAGUGUCCUUCUGCCAAUCCUGUUCUCUGACUCUGCGGGACUGCUCUCUGCCUUCUCCCCAUACCUCUUCCCAGCAUCCACAUUUCCAUUUGCUCGCUCUUAACUUCUCCCCCUCUUCCCGUUGCCACCGUCGUUUCAUCCCAGUUUGGAGCCUAAGAGAACAGAACAGGGGGACGGAGCCAGCAAAGAAAAAAAAAAAGUUCUCUCUUGAGUUUGUGAACUUUUUUUUAAAAUAAAACAAAAGGAGGAAAAAAAUACACAAAAACAAACAAAAAAAACAAAAAAAAAGGAAAAGGACUUUUUUUUUUUUUUAAAAAUAUAUUAAAAAA